AUGGCACUUUGUCUAGCAGCAUCCUUGAUUUGUCGUCAUGACUUUGUUCCCUAUGAUCAGCUCGUCCGAUACAAGUGGUGGUAUAAUCAUGGCUAUAUGUCGUCAACCGGAGAGUGUUUCGAUAUUGGUGCAGCUACCAAGAAUUCGUUGCGUGAAUUUGAACACCGCCAGAAACAAUUUUCUGCUACACAUAAUAUUCCGUUUGAUCAAUUAGACUUUCUUUCCGAUCCUGAUCUUCUUGCUGAGUUCAGAGUGAAAUGUAGUAGAGCAGGUGUUGCCGGAAAUGGAGCCCUUAUGCGCCUGGCUCCCGUGCCACUUUUCUUCUAUAGACAUCCUGUUCAUGCUGUCCAAUACUCAGGAUUCAGUGGCGUGAUUACUCAUGGCGAUCAAAAAGCCUACGAUGCAUGUCGUUAUUAUGGUGCACUGAUCGUAGCUGCUCUACAGGGUGCUACAAAAGAAGAAUUACUGAAUGACAAAUUUUACGAAACUCAUACAUCAUGGUUUGCCAAAGUUCCGCUAGUUCCAGAGAUCGUGAGGAUCGCCAAUGGAUCUUAUAAACAAAAAAAUGGAUACGACGAUGGUAUUCGAGGCAAAGGAUACAUCGUCAAUGCUCUCGAGGCUGCCUUAUGGGCCUUUUGGUCUGGAAAAACUUUUGAAGAGGGUGCUCUGGCUGCUGUGAAUUUGGGCGAUGAUACGGAUACAACGGCCGCUAUUUAUGGUCAAUUAGCUGGCGCCUAUUAUGGUUAUCGAAAGCUACCUGAAAAAUGGGUACAGAAAGUCUAUGCAAAACAUUUGUUACAAGGUUUGAGCAAGUGGAUUGCUUAUGAAGGAGAAAUGUGGCAGACAAACGAAUCGCUCCCCUCCAUGUUUGCACCUUCGACUGUGACAUCUCAACAAAAAGCUACUGUUAUUUCGUCUGAUGAACAGAAGUCAGAUUUUAAGAAGUUGCCCUUAGGUCAACAGACGCUACCAGAAGAAGCUGAACAAGGAGAACCGUCCGAUCGAUCUGAAAAAUACACUAAUAGUAAAAAGUCAAGCUAUUGUGAAAUUCUCUAA